AUGAUUGAUGCCCUCCCUGCAAAUUAUCAGCCUUCGAGUAUAGUCUCAACAGGAGGCGUCCCGUCUGGGCCACCUUCAUUAAGCUCCGCUCUACCUUCCUCGAGUAUAUCUCGUUCUUUCCCGCCGAGGCCUCUGUAUGAUUCAGAAUCAUCAGGCCCCUUGCCUCCAUCUUCAGCAUUACGGCCGCCUAGUAGUCAUCACUCGUCACCGACGACUAAUCUCCCACCUCCUAAUAAUGGUCUCCUUGAUAAGCCCGGCCCUCAUAGCCGAAACGCGACCCCUCAGCAAAACCACGGGCCCGGCCUACCCUUCCCCAAUCGUGAGGCUUCUGAAACUUACCCGCCCUACGGUUCGUCCGAUCAUGGCAUGAAAGGUUCGCCAAGGUCACAACCAGGUCCAAACGAGAAUCAAUUCGGACGCCCUCCUCCUCCUCCUCCACCGCCACCACCUCAAACUCAUUAUACACAUGGAUCUCUCCUCAUAUAUCAGGAUUCCCCCCCUCCUCCACCUCCCCCACCACCUGCUCAUACGCCUUCAAAUUCUAAUUAUCAGUCUGGUGGAGUAUCUGCGUCCGGGAAUCAGCCAUUUCCAGGUCAAGCCGCGGCACUGUAUGCAUACCAGUCUCGGGGAGGGCCUUAUGGAAACGAACCGAGCAGCCAUUCCGAGGGCCCAUUUUCUCCGAAAGGAAAAUCGAUCAGCGGGAAGACUAGCUUCCAGGAUACGUACGGGUCGGCGAUCAACAGAGCCCUUGACAUUUCAGAGCUCCGGCGUAAUCUAGAUAUGAUUCGGGAUAAUGCAUCCCAUUUGUAUCAUUUCUCAACGCAAUACACGCCGCAAGGGGGUCAGCCAGGAGGCUUCCAGGCUCUAAAAUAUUCUGGCCAGAUCGAGCCCUCGAUCCAGGCCUUAGACGACGCUAUAAGUAUAACGCAUCGCAUUCUUGAUGCGCUGCAGUAUUGGCGGACCAAAGUCGUAAGCGAUCAAAGCAGAAAGCAUGAGCAACAGAUUAAUACUGUGAAGCCCAUGCCCAAGCGAUCGAUCGACCACAUUGAUGAUGACAUGAGCUAUGCCGGCGAUGAUAUGCGGGGUGCUUUGCAUCCAGACCCCAAAAAGCAACGUAAAGGAAAAGCGGCUCCGCCCGGCCGCUGUCAUAGUUGUAAUCGUGCUGAGACACCCGAAUGGCGUCGUGGCCCUGACGGUGCUCGCACUCUUUGUAACGCUUGUGGCUUGCAUUACGCAAAAUUGACUCGCAAGUUGAGCAAAAAUAAUAAUGCAUCUGCUUCGAUCAACCCUUCCCCACUAGCCCGGAAGUCGGCUUCAGCGUCUUUGAUGUAA